UUGGAAAAGGCAGCGGACAAACACAACUUGCGGAGGUUUUACCAUUUGAUGCUUCUGGACUUUUCCCGGCUCUCCUGAUCAUUUUUCUGAAUUUUAACCAGGAAUAAACAUUUUUUUACUCUCGCUGCAUUAAGUGAACGAUGCUGCAGUGAGAGAGCGGAGCGGUUUAUUCUCAUGUAAAAAAAAAAAAAAAAAAAGUGCUGCAAGCUGAGGAUUUGUUUUUAGCCGUUUUUCUGUUGUGGGGGAAAGAAAACCUCAGACCUGGUCGGUUCCUGCUCAUUAAGGACAACAUGCCGCAGACACCACCUUUCAAGGGGCAGCUGAACACCGGUGGCUACAACAACAAUUUGUACGACGAGUCCAAGGAGGAAGUCUACCCCGGCCUUUAUUAUCAUGACAACAACCUGGCGUCUGGCUCCCUGGAGGCCCUCAUUCACCACCUGGUGCCAACUGUGGACUAUUAUCCAGACAGGACGUAUGUCUUUACCUUCCUGCUCAGUUCUCGCCUCUUCAUCCACCCGUAUGAACUUAUGUCCAAAGUGUGCCACCUGUGCGUGGAGCAGCAGCGACUCAGUGAUCCUCAAGCGGAUAAGCUGAGACUCCGAAAGAUCACUCCAAAGAUUCUGCAGCUGCUGACGGAAUGGACGGAAACGUUUCCCUAUGACUUCAGGGAUGAGCGGAUGAUGCGCAGCCUGAAGGAGCUGACCCACCGGCUCGCCAGCGGAGACGAGGUGUACAAGAAGGCGGUGGGGCAGAUGAGCCAGGGUCUGAUCAGGAGGUUGACGGUGCUCAGCCAGUACGAGGAGGCGCUGGUGAAGGUCAACGCCACGGCGGCAGAGCGGCUGACGGCUCUGAAGGCCAAACCCCAAGCAGCGACCCAAAGAGACUUGCUCUCCAUUUGCAACGACCCCUUCACUGUCGCCCAGCAGCUCACACACAUAGAGCUGGAGAGACUGAGUUACAUCGGACCUGAAGAGUUUGUUCAGGCUUUCGUCCAUAAAGACCCUCUGGACAAUGACAAGAGCUGCUUCAGUGAUCGCAAGAAGGCCAGCAACCUGGAAGCCUACGUCGACUGGUUCAACAGACUGAGUUAUCUGGUCGCCACAGAGAUUUGUUUGCCUGUGAAGAAGAAGCACCGAGCUCGAGUCAUCGAGUUCUUCAUCGACGUGGCACGUGAAUGCUUCAACAUCGGCAACUUUAACUCCCUCAUGGCCAUCAUAUCUGGGAUGAACAUGAGCCCCGUGUCCCGACUGAAGAAAACCUGGAGUAAAGUCAAAACGGCCAAGUUUGACAUCUUAGAGCAUCAAAUGGAUCCUUCAAGCAACUUCUACAACUACAGAACAGCACUGAGAGGCGCCAUGCAGAGGUCCAUCACAGCCAACAGCAGCAGAGAGAAGAUCGUCAUCCCGUUCUUCAGCCUGUUCAUUAAAGACAUCUACUUUCUCAACGAGGGAUGCGCCAGCCGGCUGCAGAACGGCCUCAUCAAUUUUGAGAAAUUCUGGGAACUCGCCAAACAAGUGAGUGAGUUCAUGACCUGGAAGCAAGUGGAGUGUCCGUUUGAGAAGGACCGCAAGAUCCUGCAGUACCUGCUGACCGCGCCUGUGUUUACUGAAGAUGCUCUGUGUCUGGCAUCGUACGAGAGCGAAGGUCCUGAGAACAACAUGGAGAAGGACAGAUGGAAGUCUCUGAGAUCCACUCUGCUGAGCAGAGUUUAAAGCUGAAGGAAGACAAACCCAACAGGCGGGACGCACCCUGUCCACUCUGCUGUUGUCCAAGCAAAGUAUCCCAAUCUCUGAAGGGAAACGACAAUCUCUCCUCAGACUGUGGAGGACUUUGAAUGUUCCCCUCCCCAGCACUGAGCUGUGCUUAUGACCCUGCGUCCUCCAUGCUGUAUAUUUGAAGACAGCUGUUUUUCAUCUCUUUGUAUGACUUUAUAGUCGUUUUGUUAAAGAUACACUACAGACCUUCAGGGUGAAAAAGAAGGUUGAUCUUUCUGUGUGCAGGUGUUGGGGCUUGUUGCGCCCCCUGCUGUUUUAAUACUUUUAAUAUUGCGUUAGCUGCUGGUCAGCUAGCAACACAGAUAUGCUACACACCUUCUGGUUCCUGAUGCCAGCAUUCUCUGAACAGAGAAGCCAAACCUUAAUGCUGUAGUUCACUAAGACAGCAUUUUGUCCAGUUGUCCAGUCCAACUUUCCCACAUCCCAUAACUUUUGAUUAGUGACUCUAACAGUGGUUGUGUUUCCAUUAAAAUGUGCGCAAAACGUAAUAUUAACAUUAUGCUGAUGUUGAAAUAAAAAUUCGCAAGUUUCUAUUAAAUAAGAAACGCAAUUAAAAUCCCACAUGAAUAAGCUUGUUCA